GACGCGGGGCUCAGUUCGCGUCCGGACGUCGAAGGUGGUGGUUGUUCGCUCACUCCUGCAGAGCGCCCCGGAGCAGCCCCUCCUCGUCCCGAGCUGCGAGGGGAAGGCGCCCGCUGCGCCUUGCUCUCCGUCUCGAGGGAGGCGUCCGCGGCCGGGACGCCUGCUGGUCGGCGGAAGGCUCCUCAGCUGCGGGAAGGCCGCGGCCGCCAUGCCCAACUACGUGAACGACAUGUGGCCCGGCUCCCCCCAGGAGAAGCCGUCGCCCUCGACCUCGCGGUCCGGCCGCUCCAGCCGCCUGUCCUCGCGGUCCCGGAGCCGCUCCACCUCCCGCAGCCGCUCGCGUUCGCGCUACGGCCGCUCGAGGGCCGACGACGUGCUGGCGCCGGGACGGCGCUACUACGGCUUCGGCCGCACCCGCUACCCGGAAGAGCGCCCCCGAUGGCGGGAGCGGACCCGCAGCCGCUCGCGGAGCAGGACCCCCUUCCGGCUCACCGAGAAAGAUCGAAUGGAGCUGUUAGAAAUUGCAAAAGCCAAUGCAGCAAAAGCUUUGGGAACAACGAACAUUGACUUGCCAGCCAGCCUCAGAACUGUUGGUAUAGCCAAAGAAAAAAGCCGUGCAACAGCUAUACCAAGUGGGGCAAAGUUCGAGCUGUCAGAAAAACAAUUGGAAGAUGGAACUAAAAAUCUCAGUGAAAAGUCGCCACAGAGAAGAAACAUAGCUUUUAGUGCUAAUAAUUCUGUUGCGAAGCCAAUACAGAAAACAGCUAAAGCGGCUGCUGAAGAAACAUCUUCAGGAUUGCCAAAGAUAGAUAAGAAAAAAAGUCCAUAUGGACUAUGGAUACCAGUCUAAAAGAAGAAAACUAAUGGCUAAGAUUGCCUAAAAUUGCACUUUAUUGCAAGUUUCUGUUCCUAGCAUUAUCUCUUUGAGUCAGUUAUCAAUAAUUGUUGCAAUUAAAAACCCAUACAAAACAUAUGUACUUAAUAGUAAAAUGUUACCAUUUUUAGGUUUCUCUUGAAGAGAGCAUAAGUGGACCAGAGAUUACAUACAGGUGGGAGUUUUGUAUAUAUUCUUGUAAAUAUUGUGUAAUAUCAGUUGGUUUUACAGAAGUGAAAUUUGUAAGACACAGUAAUUGAACUGUGUAUGUUUUGUAUAUUUGUUAAUAAAAUUGUGUUUUUAUUAUGUUUUUAAUGCA